AUGGAUGCUACCAGGUGUAGAGAAGACAGAGGUUUGACAUUUACUCUGACUUUCACUUUGUCAUCAUUUGCAAUAUAUCUAUUUAAAACAAAACUUAAUCUUUAUGUUUUUCUUUCGUUGUCUUCGACAGACAAGAGUCCCAGUGAUCGUCACGAAGGCCACGAUGGUCUUGAUGAUAACGACGACGAUCUUCUUCACGACAGCGAAGCUUCCUCACCCGAAGACUGCGGUAGGAAGUCGGUGGGUGAACUCGGCGGAAAAGAGAAUGGCGACGCCAACAACCUAAGCAACGGGACAAACGGAAGCAACAAGAGCAGACGACGACGGACGGCAUUCACGAGCGAUCAGUUGCUGGCUCUGGAAAAGGAAUUCAUCGGCAAGAAAUAUCUGACGCUGAGCGAACGCGCACACAUCGCACGCUUUCUGCAAUUGAGCGAGGUCCAGGUCAAGAUAUGGUUCCAGAACCGCCGCGCCAAGUGGAAGCGACUGAAAACGCACUCGUCUAUCCUAGGGGGUGGGCACCGUGGAGGGAAUGGAGGCAGCGGCGGGGGCGGUGGAGGUGGUAGCGGCGGUGGAAACUCCAAGUUGGUUGUUCCUAUUCCGGUCCAUGUGAACCGAUUUGCUGUGAGAUCGCAAGAGCAGUGUAGACCGAGGAUGGUGGAGCCAAUGGGACAAGCCUCGCAACAUCACCACUCUCUCGCUCAUAACCCAUCGUUAGGAACUCUAGGACAGACACACAGUGAAGGAUUAGCAGCAUUGAGAAAUAGCAUCACGUAAAACUUUUCAUCGUAGUUAUGUGUCGUCUUCAUUCUUGUAUUACAUGUUUUCACUUUGAGAUGAGACGUUUCAAUCUACAGUCUCCCCUCCCCCUCCUCCAAGUGUGUUGUGUAGUACGUUAGCUGUGACAAACGAAUGUCGUUCCACUAAGUCCUGUAGUUUUACUACAUCUUCUUUAUAUAUCAUCGCACCUGCACAUACAAAAAACAACAAGCAGAUAGGCAUGGCUUAAUUUUUUUUCAUUCAAGAGCUACGAUAUGAAGGCUUAUGUUUUUCUUCAUUCAAGAGCUAAGAUAUGAAGUACUUAGUGUCAAGUGGUCCUUUUGUUUUUUAAACAUCGUUUAUGCAUUAUAAUGUAUGUAUUGCGGGGUAAAAUGUUUGAGCAGGGCGGAAGAUAAUCAGCUAAGAUAUUUUUUAAUUCGUUUGAUUUUAGUACGCAUAGAUAGGGCCAUGGGAACGUUUAAAAAAAAUUCUAGUAAAUAUUUGACGCGAAGAAGGAAACAACUAUUUACAAUGUAAACGAGACUGCUUAGAAGAAAACUUAUUCUGUAUUUGAACAUUAGUCACACAAUAUUAUAUCGUACCGUUUGAUCAUAAUGAUUUUGAUUCGGUUCAAAGAAUAUGAAUAAUUCACGUUUGCGAUUUUAUUAAAAGCUACAGGUGGAUCACCGAUAAUCAGACAAGAAAUUUGAUUAAUCUCAAAAGAAUAUUCUUCAUUUCCUUUUUCCAACAGUUUUCAAGAACUUAUAUGGAUUAUACAAUAAGAAUGUGCUAACUUUACGUUUGAAUAUGAUUUUAUCGUCGCAUAAUUAUGAUGAUUUGCAGAAAAAUAGGAAAACAAUUGUAUGCUUUUGUCAUGGACUUAUACAACACUUUGGGGUGCCAGAUUAACCCAUCGUCGAUAUAAAUGAUUAGUGCAGAUCCGUGAUAUAAAAGCAAUUAAGGUAUCAAGAGCUGUGUGAUUUUUUAUAUGCAAAAACACACUUAAACAAUUCUUUUGAAUAUUGGAAUCAGCCUCGUUCAACUGCAUGGAGAUUGAAAUAUGGUUCGUUUUCUUCCUUGUGCAUGUUCUAUUAUGGAAAGAAAAACACCAAUUUACAUUGCUCUCAUAUUAUGCAGACGUUAUGCACUAAUGAACGACCUUUUUGGUGUUUUAGUUGUUUACUCUUUCUUACGGUAUAACGACAUCCAUCCAUAUUAAAAAUAUUAAUUUAGAGAAUAUUUAAAGACAAUUUUCAGGGAAAAGUAUUUCACCAAAUACUUAUCACUUACCACAGGAAAACGUGCAAUAUUUACCUAUGAUAUUAUAUGUAAGUUCAAAGUUUAUUACAUCAUAUCUGACGUUCGUUCUAGAUUCACGCUGUAUUCGAUUAUUUUUUAGUUUGUUGUUUAAAAGUAGGUCAAAAGCACAACUGCAGAAUCUUCUUGUCAGAAGGUACCUUAUGUUAUGAAAUCUCACUAAUUCAACGGCCAUACGUCACAAUAAUAAGAGUAAUACUAGGUAUUCAAAUUGGCGCUAAAAGAGUCUAAAUAUUGUUCCAAAAAUACAAUGGGGACCGUUUUGUAUAUUAUUCUAACAAAAUGGCACUGAUGUAUCGGAACAGGAUUGGUGAACAAAGAAAGGGUAGAUUUUAAGUAUAGAUAAAGAGGACGUUAAUAUGGUAGCUUGGACUUUAGAGAUCCUUAUCUUAUUCUCAAGCAGGUGUUGUGCAUCGGUUACUAGAGUUUUAGAAAGCUGCAGGGUGAUACUCACGUUUAAGAUCUUAUUCCGUAAUGCUAUAACACGAUAACAUGCCCUAGAUCCAUACCGAACACCUGAUCUAGAGUUUGAGAGUAUUUCAAGAGACAAACAACGGGUUCACAAAGGGACGAUGCAGACAAUCUAAAGGUUAAGCGCUGAUAUUCGAUUUCACAUCGAUAUAUAAAUUGUGGAUUUAUCACCUCCAAUUUAAGCGUUCCAAUUAGAUUUAUAAGUCAAACGGACAUGGUUUUUAAUGUAUCUCACCGCUUACGUUCCCCAUCUAUAUAUAAUUGCUUGAUAAUGAAUCGUUUGGAUGGAUUAUGGAAAGUAGGCAUAACAAUAUAACACAAAAAUGGCAGGUUGCCACAUAUUAUACACAAACUAGUCAUAAUUACAAACAAAAAGUGCUUUACUUGAAGAAGCGCCCCACAUCUCCAAGAAUUGAAAUAGACAAUACAAUUUCUCAACCCAUUAUUGUACAGACAUACUGGCCAGUUUGACCACGUAAUUAUAUAUUUGUAAAGAGUGGAAGCAAUUCUCACUUGGAAUGUUGUUUUCUUUCUCAUCCUGUCAGAGUAUUGUAAAUAUAAGUGUGUAACUUAAACAAGGAGUGUUAACAGUUUCAUGUAUAAAAAAAACACGAACAAAUAAACAACCAAAAUAAUGGUGCUACUUCAACACGAUA